UUUGCCUCCAACUAGGUAAAUUGGAGCAGUUUGUUUUUUGUUUCGAAAGACUUUUGCUUCUUUUUUGGGAUUUUUCUUUUUUGUUUUUGCGACUUUUGCUUUUGAGGAUAAUUCUUGUCGGUCGACCGAUCAUGUCCUUGCACAGAAACUAUGCCUUUCAUUACUGAUUAAUUAUCAAGGUUCUGCAGAAAAGCUUUGAUGCUCUAUAACGGCGACACAUGGAUCAAAAUCGCUUUUUAGGUUAUGUGGCGAGGCGAUCAAUGUCGGUCGACCGACAAAGCUUUUGCUUUAGAUGCAAUAUCUUGCGUUGUUAUUUGCAAUGAACCAGAAUUGCGACGGCGUCGGGACUGUUGGCAAUUAACAUGGGCGGAGUAAUUCGUAGUGUAGAAUCUUGGAAUUUGGCUGGUUUAUUUUUUUUAUUUUUCUGGAAUUGUUUCUUGCUGAGCGAGAUAUUGUUUACAUGUCGGUCGACCGACAAAGCUUUUAUUCUUCUUGUAUUACGUUUGCUUCUGUUUAACGUUUUGGCUAAACAGUUGCGAAGACGCGGAUACGAGUUUCGAAUAAAUUUUGUAACUUCGAUACGUUUUCGUAUUGAUAUAAAUCAUUACAUAAGAUCUGCUGCCAAAAUCAUGCCGUCGGCACAUUUUAUGAUAAACGGCUUAACAUUUGAGAUGCCAAGGGUUAUCUACAGUCUGUAUUUCCGGAGCAGCUCACAUUUUUCGCUCCUCUUGGGCGGGAUCCAGUUACUGGAGGAGCUUCGCGGGAAGGCUGAUAAUUUGGGAACGUCCGCUAUUCGGCCGUUUCUGAUGCAGAACCAGAGUGUUCCGACGUCUGAUCAGCACAAGUCUGCCGAAACUUAUCGGCGACAGUCAAAUCCCAUAGAAACUGUUUGUCGUUCUGACAAGCAUAACGGCUAACCCACGUCAGUCCCGGUUAGAACUUGGAUGGAUGGCCGCCCUUAGGAUUACCAAGGGUUCUGCGUUGUAGAUCAUUAGAUCAUCUUUUGCCUUUUCUGGAUGCAUUUUCUUCUGUUUAUGUGUGGACCAGUCAAUGCUCUCAGCCGGAUGCGCACUCUAGCUCAUAAUUUUUUUGCGGAAGUGUUACCGGUGCAACGAAAACAUGCUGUACGCGGAUGUUUAACGUGACUGAAUGGUGCGGCACAACAUUCAUCACCGGACUGAUCCGCCGUAAAACACUCCACAGCAUCUGUACGUACAGUAAAAACGAAAACGGUUUUCACCGCUGGAUCGGUCAACUGCAAACUGUGCACAUCGCUGAGGCAUAAACAACGGAUCACCCCAUGCCAGCAGCUAACCUUUCUUCCGCUCUCCAAAAAUGAAGGACCAGACGACUACUAGUCGAAGCCUGUGGUUUGUGGCAGUAAUAAUGUUGAUCAUUCCGGUGGUUGCUUCGAUGCCCUUUAUGAACGGGAUGCCACCAGGUUUUGUUCUGUACAAAUCAGCUUCCACCUGGGGCCACUGCAAUAAUCUGGUGAUGAGUGCUUGCAGCGCCCAAUGGGAUUAUUGUUCGUGUAACCGGCCGGUUUUCAACGUCACCACAAUACCGUCCAACGUCACUGAACUGUGGCUGGGCGACAUCGACCAUCGAGGCCGGUGGGACCGCGCCAAAUGCCCGCCGAGUUGUCUGCUGGACACCUCCGCACCAUUACCGUAUCGCCGGAAUCUGACCGCGAUCGCGUUGUACGAUUUUUGGGUGGUCCCCGCUGAUGGCCCGUUUCCGGUGGGCCGCUUCCUCAAGAACUUCAAAACCACCGUGACGAAACUGACUCUCCAUACGAUCCACCUGCCGUCUAUAACACGGGAUACGUUUGCGGGAUUCGCUGCGCUGGAGACACUGCGGUUGGCUAACAACCGGAUAGUAACGAUUACUGUGGACGCUUUUGCGUCGCUUCGUGCUCCGGACAAAAUACCAGGCAUUUUAUCCACCCCACGACUCCACUUCAUCAUGUUGGAGGAUAAUAACCUGACAGCGGUGGACUGGACGAUAUUCGAACCGCUGGCUGCUAGCCUUAAAACAAUUGCACUAAGCGGAAACAACAUUCAGAGCAUCUAUUUUAGCCAUUUCUUCACGCUCCCUGGAAUCGAGUAUGUGAGCUUGCCGGGAAACAGCCUGACCGGCAUCACUGACCAGCUCUUGCGCAGUGUUGCUCCGUACGAUCUCCGUCCGUUUUUGAAUAUUCAGUUCAAUCCGAUGUGCCCAGUCGAUGUACAGUGCCGCUGCUCAUCUAUGGCUAAUCUGUGGGACUGGUAUGGAAAGUCGCCCCGUCUGUACAGGCGGUUACUCCCGCCUGGAUCCACGGAUUGCCUCAACUACCCGCAAGCAGACUACUUCACUUGCGGAAACUACAGUGUUCUUGAAUAUGAACCUGCCUCAUCCAGAUUUCAGAAUGUGCUAGAGGCGACCAGCGGCAAAUCUUAUCAACGAUGCGAGGCUAUGGAUUUCGCUAAUAUCGCACGCGGAGCCAAAUCUAAAGCCCGGAAUCCUUUCGGUCAGCUGUUUCCGCCAACGCUUGGAGAUUAUUUCUUGAAAAUGGCCGCGGCUUUAGAAAAAACGUCAUGAGCUUAAAUCAAAUCAAAUUAUGAACUCGCUAUGCACACACUGCCUGUACUUGCGUACGUACGUAUGUCUUGUCUGUUCUAUACUGUAGUACAUGUACUACCAGUACCCACCGCUCUUAUCGUCUCCUUCAUCCAGCUCUUCUUAAGAAACAGCUCUUCUUAAGAAACAUUGUACGAGUAUGUUUGUCGAGCUGCAGAAUACUAUGAUACAUCUAUUCAAUACGGUUAGUGUCGGUGUGGCAAACAUGUUAGAUAUGGCCCAUUUCGUACCACUCUAGAAAACCGACCACAUGUUUUUGUUACCGUAUUCCAAGCAAUCCUAAGUAUUGAAUAUAAAUUUUAUUGGCAAAACGAUACAGUCACAAGUUUCCUAUAAAAGUGAAAGA